AUGGAAAAUGAGUGUUUACGAAAGCAAAUUCAUAUUCAUCAACCAAUUAACGGAACUAUAAAUGGCAUAAAUGGAGCCGUUAUAAACAGUGAAGCGUUGCAUGGUGAAGUGUUUGAUCAAAAGAGAACCAAUAAGAAAGAGGCAUUAGAACAAAUUCAUCAGAUUAUCCAAGGCCUAAGAGGUCAGAAACAAUCCAAAAGUAUCAGCAUUGAUAGCGAUAGUGAUGAAGAGUUGACUGAUACGCUAGAGCAGGACACACUAGGUUACGAUGGAUUAGCAUUACUUUUCAAUGAUUCAAAUGAAGAUGUAAUUAUGGGAAAAAUCGACGAAAAUACUCUCGAGGAAGAAAAUAAAUUGCCACUAGCGAGUGAUACUAAGGCAAACUUUAAUGUUGGCAUUUAUGUGCAUACAGUAUAUUUAGUAGGCAUAUCGUCAUCUCAAUAG